UCAGACUCUCUCUGCUGCACGAAGCAGUGCCACAGUCCACAAUGCGCUCUUCAAGGUGCGACGGUGUGAUGCGCACCAGACUCUCCAUCAAGUAACGGAAAGCUCUCCAAACGCUUCGAGUUUACCAACAAUGGAGGGCACAAACAACACGACAGCCUGGUCUCAGUUGGUCAACUCUUCCACUCCAGCACCCAAACCUGAAGACGAGAAGGUGAAGCUGAGUUAUCAAGUGGUCACAUCUUUCCUGCUUGGCGCGCUCAUCCUGUGCGCAAUAUUUGGGAACGCGUGCGUCGUCGCAGCCAUCGCCUUGGAGCGGUCUCUCCAGAAUGUGGCUAACUACCUGAUCGGCUCUCUGGCUGUCACCGACCUGAUGGUGUCGGUGCUGGUGCUGCCCAUGGCGGCGCUUUACCAGGUGCUAAACCGAUGGACUCUCGGGCAGAUUCCGUGUGACAUCUUCAUCUCUCUGGAUGUGUUGUGCUGCACGUCGUCCAUCCUGCACCUGUGCGCCAUCGCUCUGGACAGGUACUGGGCAAUAACCGAGCCCAUAGAGUACAUGAAGAAGAGGACGCCAAGGAGAGCCGCCGUCCUCAUCAGUGUCACCUGGCUGGUCGGAUUCUCCAUCUCAGUGCCGCCAAUGUUAAUCAUGCGCUCCCAGCCCAGCAGCAUGGAAGAGGACAGGAAGAACCCCAAGCAGUGUAAGAUCAGGCAAGACCCCUGGUACACAAUAUACUCAACUUUCGGGGCUUUUUACAUUCCGCUGACACUAAUGCUGGUUUUAUAUGGGCGGAUAUUCAAAGCAGCCAGGUUUCGGAUCAGGAGGACGGUGCGUAAAACGGAGAAAAAGAAAGUAUCUGACUCUUGCCUUGCGCUGUCUCCAGCCCUGUUCCACAAAAAGACUCCCGGAGACGCGCAGGGCAAGAACUGGAGGAGGAGCGUGGAGCCCCGGCCGCUGCCGAGCGUCAAUGGCGCGGUGAAACACGCGGAGGACGGCGAGUCUCUGGAGAUCAUCGAAGUCCACAGCAACUCCAAAGGCAACCUGCCGCUGCCCAACACCCCGAGCUCCGUGCCGCUGUUCGAGAGCCGGCACGAGAAGGCGACCGAGGCGAAGAGGAAGAUCGCGCUGGCGCGGGAGCGCAAAACGGUGAAGACUCUGGGCAUCAUCAUGGGCACCUUCAUCCUAUGCUGGCUGCCCUUCUUCAUCGUCGCCCUGGUCAUGCCUUUCUGCCAGGAGUCGUGCUACAUGCCCCGCUGGCUGGAGGAUGUCAUCAACUGGCUAGACCGUGAUGGAAAUCCAGGUAUAGAGACGAGCAGCAGCCCUGAAACCGGCACAAAGAGAUUGUUGUGGAUGAACAGAGGGCUCAUAAUGAUUACUGUUGAUCAUCGCCAUCGUUAUCAGUACUGACAUAUUCCCACAGGUGUCUGUAGCCUAUGCAUAGAUAAAGCUGUGAUCGUUUGAUUGAAGCUCCAUGUUCCUCAUUCUGUUCUGUAAUGUUCAAUAAAGAAAUAAUUUUUCAUA